AUGUCGGGAAAAACGGGAGCGCGCGCGCACCUCUUGAACCCGGACGGGGAGUUGAAGCACAUCGGCGCGGGCGAGCGCUGCGGGAACGACGACAGCGCCGCGGCUUGCGCGUCCGAGACCCCCUGCGCGAGGAGCGCGCGCGAGGGCGUGAUGGGAGAUAGCGCGUUCGCGAAGAGCAGGAACGGGGACGACAGAAGCGACGCCUGCGAACGUAGUGAAGACGGGAACGAGGACGUUAAGGUUAGAAAACACACGCGAGAUGACGUUCCGGCGACGUCGACGGCGAUCAGCGCGGAAUUGCGCGCGCGACGCGCGCGCGCCGGCGACGAUCUCGCAGGCAGCACGCGGGGAAAAACAACGUGGCGGGAGAAUAUCUGCGCGCGCGCGCACCAUGUUGUCCGUGCUCCCGUUGGUCGUCAGCGGCCUUUCCGGGGUAAACAUCCCCGCGGACAUCUUAUUGUUAUCGCUCAUGACGCCCGGACGCGCGUUUCGUGCGCGAUCGAUCGCUCAAUCGCACGCGCGCGGAGGGUUUCCGAGAGGACACGCGCGAGUCAAUCUCGAUUCGUCGCAACGCGGAAAAAAAGCGCGAAGACCUUUCGCGGGACUGACGACCCGAGAACGCGCGCGCGCGACGAGAAUAAAGAACGAACGCGAGGCGGUCGUUCGAGAACACGCUUCGACGCGUCUCCGUAG